AUGGGAUCGGACCUAUCAUAUAUCAAGGCGCCAGUAUUCCGGCUGAUGGCAACAUUCGCGACGAACAACGCGGAUAUUGCCCGAUACGCUCGCCGUCCAAAUGAUGCACUAUGGACCCAGCUGAUUGGAAUGCCUCUCGCAUUUGGUGUCGUGGCAUUCUUCGGAAUCUUUGUCACGAGUGCUUCAAAGCCUCUGUUUGGGAAGGUGCUUUGGGAUCCUACCGCUAUCCUCGACGGAUUCCUGACCGAGUCAUAUGAUUCCAAAACUAGAGCGGGUGUGUUUUUCAUUGCAUUGGGAUUCUCUUUCGCUCAGUGCACGACCAUGAUCUUCGCCAACAUUAUCGCUGCUGGAAAUGAUACCUCCGCAAUGCUGCCCAGGUUUAUAAACUACCGCCGAGGUGCAAUAAUCUGUUUGAUUCUUGCAUUCGCUAUCACACCAUGGAAUCUUACAAAAACAUCAUUCUCUUUCACAAGCUACCUUGGAAGUUACCAGGUAUUCCUUGCUAGCAUCAUCGGCGUUGUCAUCAGCGACUACUACUUCGUCCGGCGUGGCAAGCUUGACCUUGUGGCAAUAUUCUCACUUGAGCGUGGCGCGCCUUAUUACUAUACCAAAGGUUGGAACUGGCGUGCGUAUGCCGCUUAUGUUAUUGGUAUUGUGCCUGUCUUUCCUGGGUUUCUAAAAGCUGUUGGGGUGCAAAGCAUCCCAAUCGGUGCCAAGCAGUUAUAUACCUUCUCGCUGCCUGUGGGUAUCAUUGUUGCUGGUGUGACCUACUGGGGUCUAAACGUUGCAUUUCCAUCUGCUGGUGGACCUUUUGACAAGUGGUCAGAGCCUGCCCCUGGCGAGGUGGACGAGAUUGCGCAUGGUACCAAUGAGAGACUUGACAAAGAUCCGGAGAAGAACAUUGCCUAG